AUGGAAAGUACUAUCUUAGUGGAGAAGAAUCAUCCUGGUAACCAUUCAAAACUAGUCUCCAAGGUGGAAUCAGCUAUUAGGAUUGAUUCCAUAACCAUUGACCUGGACAAUGUUGAUGAGAAAAUUGAGGCAGAAAACUGCUCACAUUUUUCUAUGCGUGGAUAUGUAUCUGAAAUUCGUAAACGGGACUGGAAGAUCUGUUGGCCAUUUGUGUCAGAUGGUGACAGUAAUAACUCUGAGGUGCAAGCAUGCCUGCUUCCUCCUUUACAUGUUCCAAAAUUUCGAUUUUGGCGUUGUCAGAAAUGUGUGUGGGAUGUUGGUGUUGAAGGCGCUACAAACUGCUUGGGAACUGCUCUAAAAUCAUGCAGUAAUGGAUUAAAAUCCACCGAUGUUUGUUCCCAUGCACCGAUCCUUGAUGAUGCUGCAAUGCUUCCGUCUGAUGUUCAGGUAGCUGCAAAUCAAGAAAUUUCUGAGGGAAGACAAGCUGAUGCUUUUGCUACUUUGAACAAUACCAGUAAAUGUCAUCGUUCACUUUCCAUUGAUAAGAAUGAGAAGACUACAGAUACAAAUUUUUCCAUCAUAGGGAAAAAUAUGGGGUCAGAAGAUAAUUUGAAGCAGGAAAAUCAUGGACUGGCAUGUGUAGCAACUGAAAUUGUUUCAAGCCCAAUUCAGAAGACAGAUCAUGCAGAUGAAAUAGUAGCUUUCAAGUCAAAAGGUAUGGACCUAUUUGAGCCAGGCUGUGGACAUCAUGAAGUUGUUGGUGCUGAGUUUGCUAGAAACCUUAAUUGCAUGGAAAAUAAUGCUACUGAAAUUUGUGAAGCAGGAAAAGAAACUUCCAUAGAUGACCAACAUAAAGAGCUAAUAGCUUGUGGGACAUCUGUAGAAGCUGGUAUCAUUGAUGAUGAGGCACUUGGUACUGACAAGGAUCCUGUGAGCCGCCCUUCCAUCGAAUUAGAUGAGUAUGAUGAUUCUUCAUCUGAAAGUACUGAGAUCAUGGUUGGUAAUGAUUCUCAAGGUGUUCAUCAUGAAAAUUCAAGUGGUUUGCAUCGUAGAAAAACUCAAAAGGUGCGCUUGUUGACAGAGUUGUUGUGUAAAAAUGGGGAUGGAGACACUGAUAACAGAACUCAGUAUUCCCUGCCCAAUGCCCUUCCUGAUGCAUCUGCUGGAGUUGAUAAGGUUCCUGUUUUCCAAGGGGAUGUGGCUAUCCAACGCAAAGUUAGAAGGGGCUUGGGUCAGAAUAGGAAAAAAAAGUUGCCUCAGGAUGAAGAUUCAAGACCUCCGCAGAUUAGAUUUCCCAGUAAAGUGUGCAAAGAAGUUAGGAUCUUAAAGAGAGAUGGGGAAACUGCUGAACUCACUGUGGGUUCUGAAUCAGAAGAGGAUGCAUUUGGUAGACUCGGUCUACAAAAUGGCAUGAAGAGUCAGUGGGCCAAAAACAAAGUUGAUAGAAGUCCCGUUGUAAGUAAGAAGAAAAACAAAAAGGCACUAAGUUUUGAUGAAUGCUUGUCCGCAGAGCUGUCGCAAGAACAUGUGGGAAUUGAAAUUGGGGAUAAAAUUGGAGAUAAUUCUACAGCCACUACUGUUGAUGGUGUUUUCACCAAAUCAGCACACAAUGCAUUUACAGGCAGAGAGAUGGACCUUUUCCCUUUGCAUGCUCCAAGAAUGGAGAAAAAUGUUAGUGAUUAUAAGAAGAAAGGAAAGAUGCCUCAGUUUGUAGAUCAUCAGGUUUCUCCAUCUCCUUGGAAUCAUGGCAUUCUCAGAGAAGAUCCAGUGAUUAGGAAAGAUUUGGAGACAAUACAAAGUGGACCUGUACGUGUUCCAUUUCAUUCGGCACAGGACACGUCCCUUGAAAAGGGGCUGGAUCUUUCUCUUAACAGCUACAACACCGCACAAAGCUAUGAUGGGAAACGUAAUCCACUGGUAGAAAGUAGGCAAAGUUCUUUAUUCACUUGGCAAGAGGGAACUUCCAAAAAUCAGGUCAUGAGGAGAGCUUCAGAAAUUGAUCAAAAUUUCAGUUUGAGUUCUAAAGUUGUCCAAGAUGCACCUUUCGAGAAAAGAGUACAAAAUGAUCCUAGUACCAAGAGACCAUCUUUUAAAAUGCCCUUCUUCAGUGAGAAGCAGAAAUACACCUCCCCGGUUGAAAUUGGGGGUUGUUCUCUCUUGCGAAAAAAGGACUUUCGUAAUACAAAAAGCAAUGAGAAAACCCUUGGAGUACAGGAACAUUCAGCAUUUCCAAGGAAAGAUAUCAACCAAAGAGCUGAUAAGGUGUCUGAACAGGGAGCUUUAGAUGACAUUCCAAUGGAAAUUGUUGAACUCAUGGCAAAGAAUCAGUACGAGAGAUGUCUUCCUGAUGGUGAAUAUGAGAAACACCAGUUAGAAACAACUAAUAGCUCAAGGAGGAGUCAGACAAUGAAUUUCAGUCAAGUAUAUGGGCUUGGAGGGUUGAGCUUAUUUCAUCAGGAAACUGCUCAAAAACAGAACCCUCCAGCUAGAAGAAACGGCAUAAUACAAGUUGGCGAAAUGGCAGGGCCAACCCAACAGAAGGCAGUUGAUUUCUUUUCUCAAGCCAAUACAAACCCAUUUGUUAUGAGGCAACUGGAAAAAACUCGUUCCCCUAUAGGGUUCAGGCCAUUUCUACAACAUCAAGAGAAGCCAUCCGGUGGAGUCCAACAUUCUGCUUCCAGUUCCAACAUACAAAACAUUUCUCAAAAUUGCAAACAGAUAGGGGAUGUAGUGGGGAAUAGAUCUUGUUAUACCAAUUUCCAUGCCACGGGACCAUGUAACACAUGCCAGAGCAUUCCACAGCAAAGUAAGGAAGCAAAUCACCUUUGGUCGUCAAUGAUGUCGAAUCCCAUGCCCUUUUUAUAUAGCAUUCCCCCAAAGUGUGUGACUCCAUCUACCAAUGUAGAUGUGUUUCCUUAUUCUUCUGGCAGUAUGCUCAAGGAAAAUAUGAAUGGGGAUCGUGGGCCGAAGUUUCUGAAUAAGAAUCUUUCCAACCUUGGAAAGCAGAACAGGAAUUUUGGUUCAGAAACUCCCAUUAGGGCAGGGGCAGAAUACCCCUUUGCUGGUAAACAUAAUGAGAUCGAGCCUAAUCACAAGACAAUGGGGUCAUUAGAUCUGUAUUCUAAUGAAACCAUACCAGCUAUGCACUUGCUCAGCCUCAUGGAUGCAGGAGUGCAGUCCAGUGCGCCGAUCAAUAUGGAUGUAAACCCGGAGUUCCUCAAGAGACCUUCAAUUACUCACAAUCCUGAAUCUAAGGAGUUUUCUAGGCUGGACACCGGGGCAUUUAAAGCUAUUAAUUCUGUGAAGCACCGACCACCGAAUCAUCAUGGUAAAAAUCAACUUGCAGAGAAUUCCCAUGAUCCUAUUCCUGUCAUUCAAACAACAGCUGGUGCAUCUUCUUCAUCAAUUCGACAUGAUAAAGGCAUUAGGAAGGCUACUGAUUUUCCCAGUCAAGUUACUCAAGAUAAACAGAAGAGAAAAGGCUCCGAUUCACGCACAGAGAAUAAAGUAAAUAGAUCACAGAAAUCAGCAUAUGGUGGUUUUGGAACCAACUGUGGAUCCAUUCCAGCUCAUAACAUGCAGACAAUGUUUUUUGGUGCCCCAGAUUCUUCAAUGUUUUCAUUGCCAUUCCGUGCAUUGGACAACCCAAACAAACACAAGUUGGAGUCCCGUGCUAACAACAGAACUGUUCACCCCCAUAGAAGUAGUUCUGACACUGAAGUUUGCAGCAUGAACAGAAACCCUGCUGAUUUUACCAUACCGGAAGCUGGAAAUAUGUAUAUGAUUGCAGGUGAAGACCUAAAAUUUGAAAAGGAAGUUCCUUUUGUAAAUGGAUCUCACCCGCUUAAAUUGGAUGGACCCAAACGACAGAGGAAGCUUCCUGCUGUGAAAGGCCGUGGACGACCUCCAAUGUCAUGA